AUGGUGCAGGCAAUAACACAGGAUGCAGUUGAAAACAAAGUAGCACAAAUGAAAAACAAGCCAUUCCAUUGUGAUGUAUGCAACAAAGACUUCUCUAGAGAAGAUAAACUUCAGACACACAUGAAGUUACAUACCAAAGAGAAUCUCUAUACCUGUGAGGUGUGUAACAAACAGUUUACAUUGAAAGAUUCUCUUGCAAAACAUUUGAUUGUACAUUCUGAUGAGAAACCUUGUAGCUGUGAGCUGUGUGAUAAAGAAUUCUAUAGAAAAGAUUCUUUCAGAAAGCAUAUAAAACAACAUUCAAAUGAGAAACCUUUCAGUUGUGAGGUAUGCAGUAAAAACUUUGCAGUGAGAGAUACUCUAGUAAAACAUAUGAGAGUACAUACUAAGGAAAAGCCUUUCAGAUGUGAAAUAUGUAGCAAGGAAUUCUCAUAUAGAAAUAGUUUAGUAACACACAGAAGAGUACAUACUAAGGAAAAACCAUAUAGUUGUGAGAUAUGUGGCAAGGAAUUUUCUAGGAAAUAUGGUCACUUAAUACACAUGAGAUUGCAUACUAAAGAUAUGCUUCAUUUUUGUAAUGUAUGUGAAAAGGGUUUCUCUGAAAGAGGUACUCUGGCCAGGCAUCAGAAAGUGCAUACAAAGGAGAAGCCAUUUCUCUGUAAAAUUUGUAACAAUACAUUUACUGAAAAAAGUUCUUUGGUGAUGCAUAUGAGAAUGCAUAUUAAUGAGAAGCCUUUCACCAGUGGAAUUUGCAAUAAGAAAUUCAGUAGGAAUGAUACACUAGUGGGCCAUAUAAGAGUACAUACAAAGGAGAAACCUUUUAUCUGCAAAGAAUGCAAUAAAGCCUUCUCCAUGAAAAGUCAUUUGGCAACACAUAUGAGAAUUCAUAUAAAAGAGAAACCUUAUAAAUGUGAAAUAUGUAACAAAGAAUUUUAUGAUAGAGCCCAUUUAGUGAGGCACAGAAGGACACACAAAGGAAAAGCCCUAUGGAUGUGAGGUAUGUGGUAGGAAAUUCUCAAGAAAAGAUUGUUUAAUUCCACAUAUAAGAUUGCACUCUGAGGAUAAACAAGAGACUAUAUGUGUAAAAAUGACACCAUUUUGAUGUAAUUUAU